CCUGUCUUCCUGCCCGGGGAGCCAGGGUGAAGACAACAUAGGGUAGGCCUGUGUUGAGGCACUGCUGAAUAGUUUGUGUGACAUCAGAGCCUUGUCUUCCUGCCAGUGUGUGGUCUUUAUAGGCCUUGCUGUGGAGCAGGGGUCAACAAACUCUGGCCUGAGGCAUGUUUUUGUACUGCCCAUUAGCUGAGAGUGAUUUUUUACAUUUUCAAAGGGUUAUAAAAACAAAGACCAUGUGACAGCAAGUGAAUGUGGCUUGCAUUUGGCACUCUUGGCCUUUUGGGUCAAAUCAUUCUUUGAUUGGGGUGGGUGGUGGUGCUGUUCUGAGCAUUGUAGAAUGUUUAGCAGCAUCCCUGUCCUCUACUCGCUAGACGCCAGGAGCACCCCUCACUUGUGACAAGCAGAAGUGUCUCCAUACACUAACAAGUCUGGGAGACAAAGCUGUCCCUGGUGAGAACUGCCUAAAAAUAAAAUAUUUACUGUCUGGCCCUUUACAGAACAGAUAUGCAGACCUUUAUUUUAGUGAAGCAGCUUUGUGACCCUCUGCCUAGAAUGGAUGCUGCAUGGCCUGAGCCAUUGAGAUUCUUGCAUUGGAGACUGGUCUGGUUUGUCCCACAGCUACAACCCAGGAUUGGCAUAAUUUGUGUCAAAAUCAGAUAGAAGAUGAACAUUGCCGGUGGGUUUCCUUUAUUUUUUAUUUUUAUUAUUUAAAGUUCGUUUACAUAAUCUCUACAGCCAACGUGGGGCUCGAACUCAGGACCCCGAGAUCAAGAGUCACAUACUUCUCUGACUGAGCCAGCCAGGCACCCUGGGAGUGGGUUUUCUUUUAAUGUUAUUUUUAGGUUGCAUGUUUUGUUGUAUCCUGUUUUAUUUUGUAGUUCAGAAUUGAGUGAUCCUGUUGCUAUAGAAGUGAUGAGCAUAAGAAGGCUUAGUUUCCUUCGGAAAAGUGAUUUGACCAGAGUCCUGAAAAGGAGACACUUGACCUCUGGAAGGCUGAAAUCCAGUUUAUUUUCUUGGCUUAGUAGAGUGGAAAGGAGUAAGUCAAUGUUAAAGUAGUUGUAGUGCAGACCACUAUGGGACCUGGAAGCUGGGAAGGGCACCCCAGGUUGAAACCUGCCCGCAGCCUAUGUGGAGCCCCAGGUGUCCUUGGAGCCCUGUCCCUGAAAGGGAGUGUCCCACUCCUUGAAAGGUGAGUGCCAUUACUGAGCAAGUGCUGAGGGCAGGAGAGGUGAGGGGAAGGCAGGUAGCAUCCCUCUGUGUCCAUGCCCCCUAAUCUCAUCUCCCCUUGGCUUCACUGGGCCUCAAAAGUGUGGUGGGUGCUGGGAGUGAGCUUCUUCACAGCAAGGGCAAGAAAGCUGGGCCCUUAAGGUCACUGGCACCCCUACUAGCCUUGGGAUGGGGGAAGUUCAGAAGAUGAAAGAGGAGUGUGGGGAGGCAACAGGGUGGAAUGCACAGCCUGGCUUUCGUGGCUGUCUGCAUUGGAGAGCUUUCUCUGUGCCUCCUCACAGCUUCUGCACUCCUGUUCCUGCUCAAUGGGCCCUGGAUGGCAAAGUGUGGGGUAGGGCUUCUGCCACUUGUGUGAACAACAGAGUGAGUUCUGGGGGCUGGCAAAAGUUAGGGGUUCCUGAGAAGCAAUUCCUCAGCACUGUGUGGGGCUCCAGCAUUAGCCUCUCCAAGUCCUGCAGAGGACCUAGGACCACAGGUGGGCAGUCCCUGAACCAGCGGGGACAGCUUUCCAGUCCUGGGCAGGCUCUUCUUCCACUGCGUUCUGAGCGUCAGGAACAGGUGGACUGGGUGCUGGCACGACGAGGAAGGACCGAGCCCAGCCAAGGUCACCCACCUAGUUGCGCCCAGGGGCCCGUCUGGCGUUGCCGGCCUGGACCUAGCCCCGCCGGGCUCCGCCCUCCGGUCCUCGCAGGCCAAUGGCGCAGAGGCGGAAGUGGGGCCGCCAAUGAGCGGCGAGGGGUCGGAGGCGCGUCCAGGAGGGCCGUCCCCAAUGGAAACCGGCUCGGAGACUGGCGCUCUCCAGCUAGGCGCCCCGGGAAAGAGAGGUCAGGGAGAGCAGUCUCCAAUCAGCGCGGCCGGCCGUUCUCUUCUGCCAUAGGUGGGGCCGCGGGACGCGGGGCGGGUCCGAGCCGACCCCUCCCCAAUAGACGGGGGCCGGGGGGCGUGGCCGCGGCGCUAAGGCCGGCGGCUGGCGGCUACCGCAGUUCCCCGCGCACGCUGGCUCCGGCGCUCGCUCCACAGCAUGGCCGGCCUGGGGCGGCCGGGCCCGGGGCCUCGCGCCGCGCUGCCCGCCUGGAAACGGGAGAUCUUGGAGCGGAAGCGGGCCAAGCUGGCCGCCUUGGGCGCGGGCGCGGCACCCGAGACUGGGGCCGAGGCGGGCGCGGCGGAGACCUCGGAGCCGGCGGCCGAGCGGCUCGUGCUGGCCGAGAGCCUGGGCCCGCUGCGCGAGAACCCGUUCAUGCGGCUCGAAUCGGAGCGGCGGCGCGGGACGCGGCGCGGAGGGGGCGAGGGGCCGGCGGGGGCGCGGCCGGUGCAGCAGCUGCUGGAGCUGUACCGCCGCGUGCCGGGCGUGCGCACCAUCCACGCCGACAACAUCCUCAUCAUCGAGUCGGCACCGGGCUUCCCGCCCGCUGGCCCCGGCCCGGGCCCUGGCCCGGCCGCCCGCAUCCGCGCCGCUGAGGUGCUCGUGUACGAGGCGCCGCCGCCGCCGCCGCCGCCGCCGCCGCCGCCGCCGCCGCCGCCGCCGCCGCCCGGGCGCGUCAGCCGCCUGCUCCAGAAAUUCGACGUUCUGGCCGCGCCGGUCCGCCGCAGGAGCCCGGAGCGCGGACGUACCCCGCCGCCGCAGCCACCGCCUGCUCCCGGCCCCGCCGCCCCGCGCGUGGGUGAGGGCGCCGCCUGCUUCGAGCCUGAGCGCGGUGCUACAGGCCCUGGGGCGCGGCGCAGCGACUUCCUGCAGAAGACCGGCAGCAACUCCUUCACCGUCCACCCUCGGGGCCUGCACCGCAGCGCUGGCCCUCGCCCGCUCCCCAACGAGCCUGCAGCCCCCGAGUUCCGAGCCGGCACUGCCAACGGCCUCGCGGGCUCUGCGCCUGGGCCGGGCGAGUGGAAGCCAAAGGUGGAGUCGGGGGAGGCCCCGGUCCACCCGCCCCCCAGCCCCGGGAUCCCCAGUGCCACUCCAGCCGCGUCCCUGGCCUUGCCCACAUCCAGCCCUUCCAGUGCCACUCCCAGCCAGCGCCAGUGGGUCUCCGCGGCCACCAGCGCCAAUGACUCCUUUGAGAUACGGCCGGCCUCCAAGCCAGACAUGGAUAGGAUCCCUGCUGGGGACCUCCAGGCCCGGGCCCUGGCCAGCCUCCGUGUGAACUCGCGAAACUCCUUCCUGUUCAUCCCCAAGCGCAAAGACUCUGGGGCCCCUCCUCCUGAAGGGAGGCAGGCUAGGGGGCUGCCAGAGAGAGAGGUUGGCUGGGCCCCCCAAAGCCUGGAGCUCGAAGCCCAGCUGGUGCCUGGGAGGGAUAGCGUGCCUGCGGGAGGGAGGAGCCCCUUGGGGGUGGAGGAGGGGGCCUCCCCCAGGCCAGCUACUGCCCUCGUGGACCAAGCUGUUCGGCAGCAGCGGCUGUCCUCACCAUUCCUGUGUGCGCCGGCUGCUGCCGAAGCUAAGCCUGCCCAGGGCCUCGGGGUUCCCAGCUUGGCCAAGAACGGCAGGGAGCCUGGGAGCCCAGGGUUGCCUGUUACCUUCAUUGAUGAGGUGGACUCAGAGGAUGAGGUCCCCCAAGAAGCCAAACUGCACUGCUCCGGAGCUGGUGGGCCUCCUUGGUACCACCCGCACCCCACUGGGCCUGGGCACCAGUCAGGGCGCCAGCACCGAGGUGGCAACACCUUCACUGUGGUGCCCAAGAGGAAACCAGGGUCCCUGCAGACCAAUGGGGAGCCCAGGCCACAGGAGGCUGAGGAGGAGGAGGCAGGCAGCUUGUCAGAUCCCCCUGCCGCCCUGGGAACCACAUUGAAGAAGCGCUAUCCCACCGUGCACGAGAUUGAGGUGAUUGGUGGCUACCUGGCUCUAGAGAAGUCCUGCCUCACCAAGGCUGGCUCCUCGAGAAAGAAGAUGAAGAUCUCCUUCAAUGACAAGCGCCUGCAGACCACGUUUGAGUACCCUCCUGAGAGCUCCCUGGUGCAGGAGGAAGAGGCUGAGGCCCAGGAGGGGGCGGAGGAGGCCGAGGAGGCCGAGGAGGCCGAGGAGGAGGAGGAGUCCAGCUCAGAGGGGGUGGUGGAGAAGCCCUUUGUGCUCUUCCUGCCCCGAGCCACUUUUGUGAACAAUGUGGGGCCUGAGAGCCCUCAUCUGCCGGACGGUAGCUCAGGCCUGUCCAGCUACACUCCAAAGCACUCCAUGGCCUUCGGUAAAUGGCAGGCGCAGACGCUGGAGCAGGCUCCACGUGAGGCAGAGCCCGCACCAAAGGAGGUCAUGCUCACCCCUGCCAGUCAGAACGACCUCUCAGACUUCCGCAGCGAGCCAGCUCUCUAUUUCUGACCGUGGCCCUGCCAGGACGGCCAAGGCUGAGCCCUGGGAGCUGGGCAGUGCCCAGGAGCCCUGCCCUGUUCUGCACCCCCCUUCUGCCCUGCCAGGCUCUGCCCUGCCAUAUCCCACUCUCCCUUCCUGGGGCCUCACAGCUGUGCUGGUGCUCGGCCUGAGCCUAGGGCCCUGGGGGCUCCUGCCUCCCCUGGGGCUGAGUCUUGCUCUCCAGCCCUGAUUUGGGGGCACUGCCUAUGGAGGACGGACAGGGUCCUGCUGGACACCAUGCCCGGCAGCUGUCCGAUGUGUGUGAAGGGCCAGCUGGGCUGCCUGUCCUCUGUGGGGCUUCAAGCCAUUCCCAGCCCGUACACCCCAGCAGCAGACCUCAACCCACCCACUCCCUUUGUGGCGAAUGGCAAGUCUUUUCUUGCGUUUGAUGACGGAUUCAAUAAAUAGCACUGGACA